CUCUUUAUCCAUCAAAAAAUAAGCCCCCUCCCUCCCAUAUUGUUCAUACUUUUCUCCCAAGAGAGAAUUAUCAUAUCAUGAAAUUGUUGUUGAAGAUGCUGGAAACACCUAGGGUUUACUAAAUCUGAAUCAAAUCACCUCAACCGUUACUGAUAUUUCACAACUUUUUCAUCAAUUCGUUCUGUAAAUGGCGACGCCGUUAACCGGAUUGCAGCACCGUGACGUCGGAGGUGUGGCGGUGAUGGCGACGGUGAACCAGAUCGACUCGUCUAGUAGUAACACACUCUCGAAGAAGCAAAGUUCGCCGAUUCAUAUCUUCCUGUACUUUCAUAAAGCCAUACGGUCCGAGCUCGAUGCGCUACAUCGGUCCGCCAUUGAUUUCGCUACUAAUGUUCAUGUGGAAAUUGAGCCGUUGCUCAAGCGGUAUCAUUUUCUUCGGUCGAUUUAUCAGCAUCACUGCAAUGCAGAAGAUGAGGUUAUUUUUCCCGCUCUUGAUAUCCGUGUCAAGAACGUAGCUCGAACUUAUUCUCUCGAACACGAGGGAGAAACUGUUAUUUUUGAUCAACUCUUUGCAUUACUGGAUUCAGAUAUGAAAAAUGAAGAAAGCUUUAGAAGAGAGUUAGCAUCCUGCACAGGAGCCCUUCAAACGUCAAUUAGUCAGCACAUGUCCAAGGAAGAGGAGCAGGUCAUACCCUUGCUUGUUGAAAAAUUUUCAUUUGAAGAACAAGCUUCGUUAGUUUGGCAAUUUUUAUGUAGCAUUCCCGUAAACAUGAUGGCAGAGUUUCUUCCAUGGCUUUCGGCCUCUGUAUCUUCUGAUGAACGCCAAGAAAUGCGUAGUUGCUUAUGCAGAGUAAUCCCAGAAGAAAAGCUUCUUCAACAGAUUAUAUUCACAUGGAUGGAUGGUGUCAAUAUGUUCAAGAAACGCAAAAAUCUAGAAGGUGACGUCACACAUCACUGUUCUUCAAUCUCUGAAGAAAGUUGCGCGUGUUCUUCCCGAUCCAUAAAGCGAGAAUCUUUCUUGAGGUCUUCAGAUUCACCUCUUGAACGCCCUGUUGAUGAAAUAUUACACUGGCACAAAGCUAUAGAAAAAGAGUUAAUCGAUAUAGCUGAAGCUGCUAGAAGGAUACAGUCAUCUGGAGACUUUUCAGAUUUAUCUGCAUUUAAUAAACGGCUGCAAUUUAUUGCAGAAGUUUGCAUAUUCCAUAGUAUUGCAGAAGAUAAAGUUAUAUUCCCUGCUUUCGAUGCUGAGCUGUCAUUCGCACAGGAGCAUGCAGAAGAAGAGACUGAAUUCGACAAAUUUAGAUGCCUGAUUGAAAGUAUUGAAAAUGACGGAGCGAACUCAUCUUCUUCUGAAUUUUGUUCAAAAUUGUGCUCACAUGCUGAUCGCAUCAUGGCUAUUAUUGGUAACCACUUCAAAAAUGAAGAACUUCAGGUUCUCCCACUUGCUCGCAAACAUUUUAGUCCUAAGAAACAACGAGAGCUUUUAUACAAAAGCUUAUGCGUGAUGCCUUUAAGAUUAAUCGAGUGUGUGUUACCAUGGCUGGUGGGAUCACUCACUGAAGAAGAUGCAAAGUCAUUUCUUCAUAACAUGCGCAUGGCAGCCCCUGCUUCGGAUACCGCACUCGUUACGCUCUUUUCGGGUUGGGCUUGCAAAGGCCGGCCACAAGAAACAUGUUUGUCUUCAAAUGCAACCGGUUGCUGUUCCGCAAAAUCAUUUCUAGAAGAAAACGAUGGUUCGGGCCCACCUUUAUGUCCCUGCAACCUGCCAACCAAACGGUCUAGUUUAACUUCACGAAAAGAAAGCAAUGGUUUUGGUACUCCCGGAACCCUAACCGUUCAAGUAAAGCAAUCUUGUUGUGUUCCCGGGCUGGGAAUGAACAGUAACAAAUUGGGAACGGGUUCGACGAAAUCUUUACGGUCUUUAUCGUUUGGCCCGUCUGCUCCUUGUUUAACCUCCAGUGUUUUUAACUGGGAAACGGGUAUAAGUUUAAUAGACGAGGGUAUAGGUUGGCCGAUCGAUACAAUUUUCAAGUUUCAUAAAGCUAUUCGAAAAGAUUUGGAGUUUCUAGACAUUGAAUCGGCAAAAUUAAGCGAGUCGAACGAGAGUUUUUUACACCAGUUUAAUGGUAGAUUUCGUUUGUUAAAGGGUUUAUAUAAAGCUCACAGUAACGCAGAAGACAAUAUUGUGUUUCCGGCGUUAGAAUCUAAAGAAACAUUACAUAAUGUAAGUCACUCGUAUACGUUAGACCACAAGCAAGAAGAAAAGCUUUUCGAGGAUAUAUCAGCUUCACUUUCGAAACUGUGUGAACUUCAUGACAAAAACAAUUCCAUUUCUAGAAGCUAUGCUGAGCUGGCGACUAAGGUUCAGGGGAUGUGUAAGUCGAUCAGAGUGACACUAGAUCAGCAUAUUUUGCGUGAAGAGCUUGAAUUAUGGCCUUUGUUCGAUAUACAUUUUUCUAUCGAGGAGCAAGAUAAGCUCGUGGGUCGAAUCAUCGGUACUACGGGUGCUGAGGUGUUGCAGUCGAUGUUGCCAUGGGUGACAUUUGCACUUACUCAAGAAGAACAAGACAGAAUGAUGGACACAUGGAAACAAGCUACCAAAAAUACGAUGUUUACCGAGUGGCUUAAUGAAUGGUGGGACGAAUCUUCUCCAUCAGAUGCAUCAUCUUCAGCGUCAGAUAAAAAUAUUUCACAAGGAUCUGAAUUACAUGAAGUGUUAGAUCCAAAUGGUUAUACCUUCAAGCCCGGUUGGAAAGAUAUAUUUCGGAUGAAUGAAAAUGAGCUUGAAUCAGAAAUGAGAAAAGUUUCCAGUGAUCCGACUCUUGAUCCCCGAAGGAAGGCUUAUCUCAUGCAAAACCUUAUCACCAGUCGUUGGAUAGCCGCUCAACAGAAAUUACCUCAAGGAAGUGAAAGCGACGAAUCAGAUGGCGAACGUCUACACGGAUGCUCGCCUUCGUUUCGUGACGAAGAGAAACAAAUCUUCGGUUGUGAACACUAUAAACGCAACUGCAAGCUUCGUGCUGCGUGUUGUCAAAAGCUAUUUACAUGCAGGUUCUGUCAUGAUAAUGUCAGUGACCAUACAAUGGACAGGAAAGCUACAACUGAAAUGAUGUGUAUGAACUGCUUGAAAGUUCAACCCGUUGGGCCAGUUUGCUCAACCCCGUCUUGCAAUGGACUUUCAAUGGCAAAAUAUUAUUGUAGCUAUUGCAAGUUCUUCGAUGAUGAAAGGACGGUAUAUCAUUGCCCAUUUUGCAACUUAUGUCGGCUUGGACAGGGUCUCGGAAUCGACUUUUUCCAUUGUAUGACGUGUAACUACUGUUUGGGGAUAAAGUUAUUGGAUCAUAAGUGUAGGGAGAAAGGUUUGGAAACAAAUUGCCCUAUUUGCUGUGAUUUUUUAUUUACGUCAAGUGCAGCUGUUAGAGCGCUUCCCUGCGGUCAUUUUAUGCACUCUGCUUGCUUCCAGGCGUAUGCUUGCACACACUACAUCUGUCCUAUAUGCAGCAAAUCUAUGGGAGAUAUGUCGGUGUAUUUUGGUAUGCUCGAUGCUUUAAUGGCUUCCGAGGUGCUCCCAGAGGACUACAGAAACCGGAGUCAUGAUAUAUUAUGCAAUGACUGUGGUAAAAAGGGAAGUGCUCCUUUUCACUGGCUUUAUCACAAGUGUGGAUAUUGUGGAUCAUACAACACUCGAGUAAUCAAGGUUGAUCAAGUAUCCGACUUUUUACACUAAAGGGUAAGAUUGUGUAAAUACAGUAAAGGUGGGGGUGUACAUUGCAAUAUAUCUUUUUGUUGCUACGUAUUGCAUUUCUUCUCCUCCUUUUUCAUAUGUUAUUAUAAAAAUGCAGGAUAAUAAUUAAUAGAAUAUAUGCAAAUAAAACCCUUAAGCCAUAAACAUUAUGAAAUGGAGGUUGGGUCUUUUGUGGUAGCA